CCCAGAGCUCACCAGCCAUGAAUGCCCACCCCAAGGAGAUGGUGCCCCUCAUGGGCAGAAGAGCUGCCAUCCCCAGUGGGAACCCGGCUGUCCCGCAGGAGAAGAGGUCAGCAGAAAUCACCCCCACCAAGAAGAGUGCACACUUCUUCCUGGAGAUAGAAGGGUUCGAUCCCAACCCCACUGUCUCCAAGACCUCUCCCCCCGUCUUCUCCAAGCCUAUGGACUCCAACAUCCGGCAGUGCCUCUCUGGCAACUGUGAUGACAUGGACUCACCACAGUCUCCUCAGGACGAUGUGACGGAGACCCCCUCCAAUCCGAACAGUCCCAGUGCAAACCUGGCCAAGGAAGAGCAGAGGCGGAAAAAGAAGCGGCUGAAGAAGCGCAUCUUUGCAGCCGUGUCGGAGGGCUGCGUGGAGGAGCUGCUGGAGCUGCUGCGGGAGCUGCAGGAGCUUUGCAGGCGGCGACGCGGCCUGGACGUGGCUGACUUCCUCAUGCACAAGCUGACGGCCUCUGACACGGGGAAGACCUGUCUGAUGAAGGCCUUGUUAAACAUCAACCCCAACACCAAGGAGAUUGUGCGGAUCCUGCUGGCUUUUGCUGAGGACAAUGACAUCCUGGACAGGUUCAUCAAUGCUGCGUACACAGAGGAGGCCUACAAAGGGCAGACGGCACUGAACAUCGCCAUCGAGCGGCGGCAGGGAGACGUCACCGCCCUGCUCAUCGCUGCGGGCGCCGACGUCAACGCCCACGCCAGGGGUUUCUUCUUCAACCCCAAGUACCUGCACGAAGGCUUCUACUUCGGCGAGACCCCACUGGCCCUGGCGGCAUGUACCAACCAGCCCGAGAUUGUGCAGCUGCUGAUGGAGAAUGAGCAGACAGAUAUCACCUCGCAGGACUCACGGGGAAACAACAUCCUACACGCACUGGUGACGGUGGCUGAGGACUUCAAGACGCAGAAUGACUUUGUGAAGCGCAUGUAUGACAUGAUCCUGCUGAGGAGCGGAACCUGGGAGCUGGAGACCAUGCACAAUAACGACGGUCUCACACCGCUGCAGCUGGCCGCCAAGAUGGGCAAGGCCGAGAUCUUGAAGUAUAUACUCAGUCGUGAGAUCAAGGAGAAGCCCCUCCGGAGCCUGUCCCGGAAGUUCACUGACUGGGCAUACGGGCCUGUGUCAUCAUCACUCUAUGACCUCACCAAUGUGGACACUACGACAGACAACUCGGUGCUGGAAAUCAUUGUCUACAACACCAACAUUGAUAACCGGCAUGAGAUGCUGACCCUGGAGCCCCUGCACACACUGCUGCAUAUGAAAUGGAAGAAGUUUGCCAAGUACAUGUUCUUCUUGUCCUUCUGCUUUUAUUUCUUCUACAACAUCACCCUGACUCUGGUCUCCUACUACCGCCCCCGGGAAGAGGAGGCCCUCCCGCACCCGUUGGCCUUGACGCACAAGAUGGGGUGGCUACAACUGUUAGGAAGGAUGUUCGUGCUCAUCUGGGCCCUGUGCAUCUCUGUGAAGGAGGGCAUCGCGAUCUUCCUGCUGAGACCCUCGGAUCUGCAGUCCAUUCUCUCUGAUGCCUGGUUUCACUUUGUCUUCUUUGUCCAAGCCGUGCUUGUGGUGCUGUCCGUCUUCUUGUACUUGUCCACCUACAAGGAGUACCUCGCCUGCCUUGUGCUGGCCAUGGCCCUGGGCUGGGCAAACAUGCUCUACUACACGCGGGGGUUCCAGUCCAUGGGCAUGUACAGCGUCAUGAUCCAGAAGGUCAUUUUGCAUGAUGUUCUGAAGUUCUUGUUUGUAUAUAUCGUGUUCCUACUUGGAUUUGGAGUAGCCCUGGCCUCAUUGAUCGAGAAGUGUCCCAGCGACAACAAGGACUGCAGCUCCUAUGGCAGCUUCAGUGAGGCGGUGCUGGAACUCUUUAAGCUCACCAUUGGCCUGGGCGACCUGAACAUACAGCAGAACUCCAAGUACCCCAUCCUCUUUCUGUUCCUGCUCAUCACCUACGUCAUCCUCACCUUCGUCCUCCUGCUCAACAUGCUCAUCGCCCUGAUGGGAGAAACCGUGGAGAAUGUCUCCAAGGAGAGUGAGCGCAUCUGGCGUCUACAGAGAGCCAGGACGAUUUUGGAGUUUGAGAAGAUGUUACCAGAAUGGCUGAGGAGCAGAUUCCGGAUGGGAGAGCUGUGUAAAGUAGCAGAGGAAGACUUCCGGCUGUGUUUGCGGAUCAAUGAGGUGAAGUGGACUGAGUGGAAAACGCAUGUCUCCUUCCUCAACGAAGACCCGGGGCCCGUGAGACGGACAGCAGAUUUCAACAAAAUCCAAGAUUCUUCCAGGAGCAACAGCAAAACCACCCUCAAUGCAUUUGAUGAAAUAGAUGAAUUUCCAGAAACUUCGGUGUAG